CUUGUCAUAAGGAGACAACCUCUGGGAGCAGAACAGACCCUUGCUUGCUGUCUAGUAUUCUUUCUACGGGCAUUUUUCUAUAUUCUUUAAGGAAAGAAGAUAAAAUAUUCCAAAUAUCAAACAUGUAUUCUAAAAUUCAUAACCCAAAGAAAAGUCCAGAAUCUGAAAUAGAACCUGAGAAGUCUACAGAAAUAACACAAGAAGGGAUGGAAAUGCCUGACUCAGUAAAGACGGUGUUGUUAAAAUUAGAAGAUUCUGAACUAAAUCGAGACAAAGAGGACUUGAGAAUGCAGUUUGAUAACAUAAUGCUGCAAGUGAAUGAGAUCAUAAAUCGCUACCAAGGAGAUAGUGAACGAAGUGAAUUCAAGAAAAGAAAGUUGUUCCCAACUGACAAAGAUUUUCAAAAGUGUCGAACCAAAACAUUGGAUCUAAUAUACCAGUGUAUGCAAUCUGCUGAUGUUAAGGAAAGGAUUCUAAGAGAACUUCUAGCCUGGUUGGAACAAUGGCAUGUCACUUUGUCUGAGACCACCAUCUCUGAGGAAGAUGAAAACGAUUACUACAGCUGUAUAGAAGACAUGGAAGCCUUGCCAAAUGCCCUCAAUACUACUCAGCUCAACAUCAAUUCACUGAUUGCUUUUGGCAUGUAUUUCUUAAAAGACAAAAAAAGAUACAAGAAAAAAUUAGCAUCCAAAGGUACCAUGUGGAAAGCCUGGAGAACAAAGUUUCUACAAAAACCUGAAGCAGGAGUUCCAUUGAAACCAGAGCAAAUGAUCAAGGAGGAUGCCAUUACAAACAUCAAGGUUUCUGAGAUCCUUGACAUGCUACAGGAGCUCAUGGACUCUAAGAUGUUCAACAAAAGUGAAAUUAAUGUUAUUAAGUACAUCUCCUCAACCACAGCAAACCUUCAUAAGGCUUUGGCAUUCCAAAAUCAAGAGCUUAAAAAUUUAGUUUUGCAAUGUACCAGCAUGGGAGAAGAAAUAAAAGAGUAUUAUGGGCUGGAGAAACAGAGCUUACAGCAGGCAAUACAAAUCCUCAGUAAUAAAAAUGAGAGACUUGAGAUGGAAUUGACAAAUAGAGAAGAAAAAUACUCGCGACUUCUACAGCACCAAGGAAAAUUAGAACGCCAGCUGAAAUGGCUGAAGGCAGUGGCAGUCUUACCUAUGCAGGAAAUGAUGAAAAAAAAGAAAAAAAUGCUACUAAGAGCACAAGAAAAAACCAAGCAGCAUUUUGAGGAGCAAUCUGAGGAAUCAUCUUCAUCUGAGGAGUCUUUCCAGAUGGAAGUACCCUCAUUUCCAGAAUCUCUGGAAGAACCAUCGAGGGAACCUUCAGACAGCAGAAAAUUGGAAAAAGGUCCCAGUAUCACAUGGGAACAAAGCCCAACUAGAGGUGAGCUACCUUCAGAUAGUAAACAUUCCUUGGUGCCAAUGGCCCCUGUCAGUUCUGAGAAAGCCCUCAGAUUUUCAGGAGAUACCCCAGAAGAUUAUUCUGGAGCUCCUUUCCCUGAGAGUAUCAUUCCAACCCAGGAAACCAGAGAGGAAUAUAAACUUUUGACUGACAUAUCCAACAUGGGCAGACGUCCCGAGCCUUAUAUGCAUAAGGAAAUCCAACCCACUCUGGAGGAUGAAGUGCAAAGUGUAGCCAGCCUUGGUGAGAGAAAGGAGCCAAUGGAAAGUGAGCUGGCUGCUGAGGAUUGGGAUGGAGAGUUUGAUGAGGGAAGUAAAUCUGAAUGGUCUACUAAACUAGAGACCAUCAGAAAGGAAUGGAGACAAAAGGAAAAGGCUUUGAGAGAGGCUCCCCAAAAUGAAUUGCAGGAUUUUCAGCAUGCCUUAAUGUCUUUCCUGCAACAGAAGAUUGACAGCCUAGAGAAAUCUGACUCCAAGAGUCAACUUAAAGAACUCGAAGAACCAAAGACACCACAGGUUCAAAGGUCAUUACAGCAGGUAAGGGAAAAGAUGGAGGAAUAUUUUGAAAAACUGGUAGCGAUUCUGACUAAUACCUUGAAGAAAUACAAAAGAAAAAAACCAGAGAAGUCUGGAGAACCAAAAGGGAAGAAAGGACUACCACAUUCAACAAACGUUUUGAGUGAGACCUCUGAUCCAACACUGGCCAGUCUGCUCAAAGUGUUCCUGCCUCAAGGCCAGCCCCCAAAGGAAGGAGGAGGAAAGAAGGGGGGGAAGGGGCCUCGCCGCAGACAAAAGGAUAAGGAAGACUAUCUGGACUUUGACUUAACUAAAGCGCAAAGUCUCUCAAAAGAGCAAGGCUUGAAGUUUAUAAAACAAUUGCAGGAAGAGAGACGCCUCUGGAAGGAGACCCAAGAAGAGAUCCAACACAAAUUACAGGAAGAGAAUGCAUGGUUCGAGAGACAAGACGAAAAGCUGAAAUGGGAGAUGAAGCAAAGGCAGUGGCAGGCAGAAGAGGACUUAUGGACGGAGAUGCAGCAGCAGUGGUCGAAGCAGGAGAAGGAGUAUGACAAAAAACGGAAACAGUGGGCACUGGACGCUGUUCAUCAUAAAAUGCUGGAUAUCAAGGAGCUGGAACGAUGGAAGGAGCGGAUAGCCCAAAAAUAUCAAAAGCAAGUAGAAAUUCAAAUGCAGAUACUAAGGAAACAAGAGGAGGAGCUUCAAAAGCUGUUUCCGGACAAGUUCAACGAGUGGAGAAGAAUAAAGCUUCAAAGGGACAAAAAGCAACAUAUUGAGAGAUUGCUACAACAGUGGAGGCCAGAGAUGCAGCAAGAGCAAGAGCAAGAGCUGGGUGAGCUCCUUUCAGAGGUGACUCCAGGAUACCCUACUGCCUCUGAGAGGAGGGCUUUUUCACUCCCUGUUGCCCCUGGGGCAAUUAAAAAAUCAUGGAGCUUUGCUGUUCCUGAGGAGCCUCCAGCAUUGAUUCCACCUUUAGCUCCUGCCACUCCUGGACAGACCCCAGUAUCACAGUCCCUUGGUGCUCCUGGGCAACCCUUACCAUCUAUGAUCCCUGAAAUCCCCAGUGAGUUGGAAACAUUGUUGGGCCCUGCUGCCCCUGAGGAAGCUCCAGGAUCCUGGGUCACUCCCGGAUCUGAGCCUCCUCAAAAACUACAGGUCCCUGUUCCCCCUGAAAAACCCCAAAUGCCAUGGGUCCCUCUAGUAUCUGGGCAACCCCAAACAUUGCAGGACUUUCCAACCACUGAGCAAUCCAAAAUGUCAUGGGCCCCAGCAGUAUCUGGGCAUCCUCAAACGUCAUGGUCCCCUGGGCAGCCCCAAAUAUCACAGACUACAGAGGGGCCUCAACAUGUCUCUGCAACCCCUGUAGCCGGUGGGCAGCCCCAAAUAACAAGGGAGCCUGGGCAGUUCCAAGCAUCCUGGGAUUCCAGAGAACCCUUCCCACCUCCCCCCCCACCUGUGACCCUUGCUGCCCCUGGAGAGACUCCCACACCUGUGACCCUUGCUGCCCCUGGGGAGAUUCCCAUACCUGUGACCUUUGCCGUCCCUGGGAAGCCCCCCCCACCUGUGACCCUUGCUGCCCCUGGGGAGAUUCCCACCACACCUGUGACCCUUGCUGCCCCUGGAGAGAUUCCCACACCUGUGACCUUUGCUGUCCCUGGGAAGCCCCCCCCACCUGUGACCCUUGCUGCCCCUGGGGAGAUUCCCACACCUGUGACCUUUGCUGCCCCUGGGAAGCCACCCCCACCCGUGACCUUUGCUGCCCCUGGAGAGAUUCCCACCUGUGACCCUUCCUCCAUACCUGUGACCUUUGCUGUCCCUGGGGAGAUUCCCACACCUGUGACCUUUGCUGCCCCUGGAAAGCCCCCCCCAACUGUGACCCUUGCUGCUCCUGGGGAGAUUCCCACACCUGUGACCUUUGCUGUCCCUGGGAAGUCCCCCCAACCUGUGACCCUUGCUGCCCCUGGGGAGAUUCCCACACCUGUGACCUUUGCUGUCCCUGGGAAGCUGCCCAUACCUGUGACCUUUGCUGUCCCUGGGAAGCCCCCCCCACCUGUGACCCUUGCUGCCCCUGGAGAGACUCCCACACCUGUGACCCUUGCUGCCCCUGGGAAGCCCCCUAUACCUGUAACCUUUGCUGCCCCUGGGGAACCCCCUAUACCUGUAACCUUUGCUGCCCCUGGGGAAGCUCCCAUACCUGUGACCCUUGCUGCCCCUGGGGAGAUUCCCACACCCAUGACCUUUGCUGUCCCUGGGAAGCCCCCCAUACCUGUGACCUUUGCUGCCCCUGGAAAGCCCCCCCCACCUGUGACCUUUGCUGUUCCUGGGGAGCCCCCUCCACCUGUAACCUUUGCUGUUCCUGAGGAGCCCCCCACAUCUGUGACCUUAGCUCCCCCUGGGCAGCCCCUCACACCUAUGGCCUUUGCUGCCCCUGGAGAGUUCCCCAUACCUAUGACCUUUGCUGUCCCUGGGGAACCCCCCCUACCUGUGACUUUUGCUCCCCCCAAGGAGCCUCUCACACCUGUGACCUUUGCUGCCCCUGGGGAACCCCCUCCAUCUCUGACCUUUGCUAUUCCUAGGGAGCCCCCCACACAGGUGAAGCUUGCUGUCCCUAGGGAACUCCCAACACCUUUGACUUUUGCUGCCCCUCGGGAGCCUCUCACACCUGUAACUUUUACUGCCCCUAGAGAGCCCCCCAUAAUUUUGACUGCUGCCCCUGGGGAGAUCCCAACACCUGUAACCCCUACUGCUCCUGAAGAGCCCCACACACCUCUGAGCUUUGCUGCCUCUAAGGAGACACCCAGACCUAUGACCUUUGCUACACCUGGGAAGCCCCUCAGACAUGUGAUCUUUGCUGCCCCUAGGGAGCCCCCCUUAACUGAGGCUUUUACUGCCUAUAGGGAGCUUCCCACAGAUAUGACCUUUGCUGCCCCUAGGGAGCCCCCCCCACCUGUGCCCUUUACUCCCCCCAGGGAGACUCCCACAGCUGCCCCCAGGGAGCUCCCCACAUAUGUGACCUUUGCUGAGCCUAUGAAGCCCCCCAUAUCUGGGACCACUGUUCCCCUCAGGCCGCACCCCAAACGUGUGACCACUGCUGCCCUUAGGAAGCCCCCCACACCUGUGACCUUUGCUGUUCCUGGGGAGGCCCCCACAGAUGUGACCUUUGCUAUUCCUAGGGAGCCCCCCAUAUCUGUAGCUUUUGGUGCCCCUAAGGAGCCCCAAAGAUAUGUGACCUUUGCUGCCCCUAGGGAGCCCCCCAUAUCUGUGACUUUUGCUGUUCCUCAGGAGCCCUCCCCACAUGUGCCCUUUGCUGCCCCUAGGGAGUUCCCCCCACCUGUGGCCCCUGCUGGCCCUAGGGAGCCCCUCACACCUGUGGCUUUUGGUGCCCCUAAGGAGCCCAGUAGACGUGUGCCCUUUGCUGCCCCUAGGGAGUUCCCCCCAGCUGUGGCCCCUGCUGGCCCUAGGGAGCCCCUCACACCUGUGGCUUUUGGUGCCCCUAGGGAGCCCAGUAGACAUGUGCCCUUUGCUGCCCCUAGGGAGUUCCCCCCACCUGUGGCCCCUGCUGGCCCUAGGGAGCCCCUCACACCUGUGGCUUUUGGUGCCCCUAGGGAGCCCAGUAGACGUGUGCCCUUUGCUGCCCCUAGGAAGUUCCCCCCACCUAUGGCCCCUGCUGUUCCUAGGGAGCCCCUCACACCUGUGGCCCCUGCUGGCCCUAGGGAGCCCCUCACACCUGUGGCUUUUGGUGCCCCUAGGGAACCCAGUAGACGUGUGCCCUUUGCUGCCCCUAGGAAGUUCCCCCCACCUGUGGCCCCUGCUGUUCCUAGGGAGCCCCUCUCAUCUGUUGCUUUUGGUGCCCCUAGGGAGCCCCUCACAUCUGUGCCCUUUGGUGCCCCUAGGGAGUUCCCCCCACCUGUGGCCCCUGCUGGCCCUAGGGAGUUCCCCCUCCCUGUUGGCCCUGGACUGCUCCCCACAUCUGAGGCCCCAGAGGCCUCUGUGUCACAGUUCAUUCCUUACCCUGGACAGAGACUGGUCUCACCUGGGCCACAGUUACUCAAGCCAUCUAACAGUUUUAGGCAGACUCUAACAACGCAGCCACCUUCUGCCUUAGAGAAACUCAGCCCAGGAUUGGCUCCUCCUCCGUCUCUGAAGCCAUUUCUGGGUGGUCCUCCUCCAAAAUUUGAGAUGCCACUGUUCCCGCCUACUCCUGGAAAGCCCUCAGGAAUCUUGAAGAAAACUCAACCUUAUACCCUGGAGGAAGAGAUUGCUUACAAGGCCCUAUCACCUCAACCAUCUUUAGUUGCUGAAUAUUCUUUUCCUGUUAAGUUUCCAAAGUCACCACCUCCGCCUUCUGCUCAGUUUCUUCAAAUAUCACCGCUCAUGACUUCUGCCCAAAUACCACCCAAAGUUCACCUCCCUUCCAUAGAGAGCAAACGCCCAACGUCACCUUCUUUUAUAGUCGCUGGGAAAUCCAAGAUGAUAGUGCCCCCUUCCUCUCCAAGAGAUUUCUUUGUAUCUGUUCCUCCCACUGAAGAAACUCGAUACUUUAUUGAUGUUGAGGGUCAAAGGAAGAACCUGGCAAUCCUUAGCCAGGCAAAAGAAAGCUUUCAAUUGCCCUUGAGGCUGUAUAAUGCAGCUAAGGAACUCAUAAAUGAGACACAUUAUUUGAACCAAAUGAGGCUGGGGUACCUGUUCCGCAAGUACAUUGCCUAUAGACUGAUCCAGAGUGCCAGGCAAAACAUCAUCAAUCGAAUAAAAGCCAUCAGAAAUUCUGGGAAAGGCCAGGAAUCCCAGAUCCUUCACCUGUUUCUGAAUAGAAUUGAUGCAUACCAGAAAAAAGUGAUGGAGGCAUGGACAAUGAAGCAAAUGACAUUAGAACAGAAGCGCAAUAAGUGUUCAGUAAAGAUGAUAGACUUAUAUGACCAGAUCCAAAAGAAAUAUAACCUGAAACUUAAAAGUCCAAUACCGUUGGCCAUCCAUAAAAAAGAGCCAAAACAUCCUUUGAAAGAUGUCUGCUUCAAACAUGAGGUCCAGUGGCCAUUCCCAAUGAAGAUGGAAAAGGAAGAAGAAUUUGAAAUAUUAAAGAAACUUGAGAAACAGAAGGACAAAGUAGAGUCUCUUUGGCGGGCUGAUUUGUCCACCUCCAGUUUCCCAAUAGAAGCAAAGACACCUAUGAAAUUACUCUGGGAUCAGGUUGGUGGGUAUCCAGAUAUUCCCAGACUUCUGGAAUUAGAUGUCCAUUCUACUCUCAGCAAAUCUCUUGCAUCUAUUCGAUCAAGGUAA